CGAAAAGAGAGAGAAGGGAGAGAGAAGGUGUUCUUUUUGAGAGUGUGAGGAAGGGAAAGAGGAGUGUUCGGCUGAAAGUGAGCAAAGUGUGGACCCCUCUAGAGAGAGCUACUGACACCCUAUCCUCCGGAAUGGCAGACAUCACGUCCGAGCAAUGGAAGGCCAUGCUGGACGUAGUGGCCGAUAACGAGAGGCCUUUCUUUCAAAAACUGUAUGAGGACGCUAUACACAGAGAAAGGGAGGCAGAGGCAGCAGCCAGAGCCACAAGCAUUGCUGAACAGGUGGCCCUCCUUGCGGUUCCGGAAUCAAAUGAUGACCGAUUCCAAGAGAAGCUAGCUGCUGCCAUAGCAGUCUUGGUUCAACUGCGGACCUUAGAAGAACUUGAGUUCCGUGUGACAGCCCUGGAGCAGUGGAACCAAGAGCUGCAGGCUGAGAUAGUCAGCCUCAAACAAUCCCAACUGUCUACCCCCCGUCCUCCUAACCCUCGACCUGCUGCAGUCCCAGUCUCUCACCCUAACACAGUCCUCGUGAUGAGAGCAAGUGGAACUGUGACGAGCGCAGGAACCGGUGCCAGCUCCUCAAGCGGCAGCGCCGGCAGUUCUGCACUGGUCAUAGUCCCAAAUGCAGGAACAUCAGCCCAAAACGCCACAGUUCUUACUGGCGUACAGUACAGUGGUCCCGUAGUGGACAAGCGGGCAGCCACUCUUCCGUCCAAAUACGACGGGAAAGGGGAUAUCACCUCUUGGAUUAGCUCCAUGCGCUCAUGCUUCGAGGUACUGCGAACACCGCAAGAAGACCGAAGCAUGAUCAUGGGCACUAAUACUGAGCCCGUCGUACGGACUUUCAUAGAACUCCAAGCUGUUACAUCAGGUUAUGAGAGGAUUGACGUGACCGAGUGGCUGAAAGUGACUCUUGUACAUACUCUUGAGGACCUCCUCAUCACACAAUAUCAAGAUAAGCACGCUGCGCUCAAGGCAAGACUGAAGCUUGAGGGCCUCAAGGGCCAAACGUGGAGGACUUUCAUGCAGGCUUUGGAGCAGCACUUGACUGGUCUGUUCACCACUCCAAACCUGGGAUUGACUGAUGUGUCUUGCAUGGAUGUAGUCAUGGGAGUGGCCCCUAAAGAAUAUGUCUCCCAGCUAGGACUCAAAGACCAUACCACUUGGCGAGAGCUACUGACGGAUCUAGUCAACCUAGAAGCCAAGGAACUCACCAGGCAUGUAAAGGCACCCGCUGCAGGUAGAACCUCGCAACGCAAGCGGUACGGAAGCGGCAACCAGCUUGCCCUGCAUGAACAUCGGGAGGCUGAGGAUCAGUCCUAUGCGGAUGAUCUGUCUCUGGAUGACGAUCUAGAGCCGGACUCCGCCGUGGGCUAUUCUGCAUCAGCCCUUGAGUCUAACUCUACUUCUGCUCCAAGUACUUCAAAUCCAGUUGUAAUUGCUGUAAAUUCUCGAUCUGAUUUACUCUCUCCUGAUGUUGAUGAUCCUCCACCGGAAGUCCCAACCAACAUUCGCCGUCUAUUAGAUCGAUUCCCUGAAGUUCUGGUUGAACCUCGUGGAGUUCCCGAGUGUCCGGUCAAACACAAGAUCGAGAUAAUAGAAGGGAGUGUUCCUCCAAAGGGACGUGUCUACCGUAUGGGACAAGGCGAGUUGGAGGAGUUGAGGAGACAAAUUGAUGAUAUGAUCGAUCGUGGAUGGAUUAGGCCUAGUGAGUCUGAGUUCGGUGCACCUGUCUUGUUUGUGCCGAAGAAAGGAGGCAAACUCCGAAUGUGUAUUGACUAUCGUGGCCUAAAUCGGAUCACCAGAAAGAAUGUUUAUCCUUUGCCUCGCAUAGAUGAUCUGCUCGAUGCGGCAGGUGGAUGCAAAGUCUUCUCCAAGAUCGGCCUCAAAUCUGGCUACCACCAGAUUGAAGUUGAUCCCAGCGACCAGCACAAAACUGAAUUCAAGACACGCGAUGGGUUGUACGAAUUCAUCGUUAUGCCCUUCGGUCUUACGAAUGCACCAGCCACAUUUCAGUGCCUCAUGGACAAGGUUCUCCGCCAUCAGCUUAACAGGUUUGUUGUCAUUUACCUCGAUGACAUCUUGAUUUUCAGCAAGUCCAUGGAAGAGCACGUCAAGCACCUUGAGGAGGUUUUGCAGGUCCUCAAGGAGGCACAGCUGCACCUCAACUUAGAGAAAUCCGAGUUUGGAAGGGACAGCGUCAUCUAUCUUGGGCACCGGUUGUCUGCAAACGACCUUGAGCCGGAGGCAACCAAGGUUGAGGUCAUCCGAAAGUGGCCUCAGCCAGCGAACGCACGCGAACUGCGUUCUUUUCUUGGUUUGGCCUCGUAUUAUCGGAAGUUUGUGCCCAAAUUUUAUGUCAUUGGUCGCCCACUCUCUAGACUAACAAGUAAGAAUGUUGCCUAUGCGUGGUGUGAGAAAUGUGAGACUGCGUUCCAAGCCUUGAAAGAGGCAUUGGUAAGUCAUCCUGUGCUCCGCAUUGCGGAUCCCAACCUCACGUUCGUAGUCACUACGGACGCAAGCCAGUAUGGGAUUGGUGCAGUGCUGCAACAAGAUGAUGGCGAUGGCCUGUGUCCGCUCGAAUAUUACAGCAAACGCAUGCCUAGCCACAAGGUAACUACCUCCACGUAUAUGCAUGAGCUCUACGCCUUGCGCGAGGCGCUCGCACAUUGCAAGCACCACCUCUUGGGUCGUCACUUCAAGGUCUACUCAGAUCAUCAGACCUUGCAGUGGAUUAAAACACAAACUGAUCUUUCUCCGACGCUGACCCGCUGGCUGCAUGACAUUGAUGUUUACAACUUUGAACUGAAGCAUAAGAAAGGCUGUUAUAAUUGUGUUGCUGAUGCUUUGUCGCGUCAUCCUGAGUUUUUGACUUGCCUUGUGGACUCUUAUGACCUCCGAAGGAAACUGAAGGAGGAUCUGGUCGAACACACUGCCAAGGAUCCGGACCUCAGUCCCAUCCUUGAGCAGCUCAAGGCUGACCCUAGUAGUCAGCCUGAUUUUCACGAGUGUGAGGGUCUUGUAUUCCGCCGGUAUGGGAAGUUUGAUCGUUUGUGUGUACCCAACCAUGCGCAUCUUCGGACUUAUUUCUUGGAUUUCGCACAUGGUCGGAGUGGACACUUCGGCUUUGAGAAGACUUAUGGAAGUCUUUUGCAGCAGUUUGAUUGGCCAGGAAUGAAGGGAUCUGCUCAAAAAUUUAUUGUUGAAUGUCAAGUCUGUCAAAGAACCAAGGUCCAUAGGCAUAAGCCUUAUGGCCUGUUGAAACCCCUCCCAAUUCCUGAUGGGCCCGGUGAGAAGAAGGACGAAGAACUCAACACUUGGUUGAGAACAGUCCCGGUUUGGGUGAAGGCGAAGAGGACCUUGCAGGAGGAGGAGGUGAUAACUGUUGCAUCUUACCUUGAGGGUAAGGAAGCGAAAUGGCUGGAUGAUGUAGUUACAAAGGCCGAAUAUGGGAGACGCAUGGCGGACUGGGCUCAGUCUCUUACGUUAGACCAGUUCUUGGAGAUGGUAGAAGCUCGCUGGCACAAUUCUCAGCAGGCGCAAUUGGCCACUGAUGCGAUAAACAGACUAGACCAACGAAAGUUUAAGUCAGUCAGAGAACUUACGACUACCAUUGACAGCCUAAUCGUCGUUCCUGGUAUCAACUACAAUAACCAGUUCUUAUUGACAACGCUUGUGAGAUGUCUCCCAGAGAAUUUCAAAAACUUGCUGGCCAGCGAGGCACGCCUCGAGUAUCACUCUUUUGAGACAUUGUCUAGAAAAGCCUUAGAUUUGGAGGCCACUCUAGGGAAUGCUCAACCUACUCAGAAUGACACGAGGAAGAAGAAGAGUCCGCAGGAAUGGAAAAAGAAGGGGGCUAAGUUGAUGAUGGUUGAGUCCGAUGGAACUCAAACAGAGAUCGAUGAGCUCACAGACCUGCUGGACGUUUCAGAGUACGACGGCGAGGAGACUGCUAAGGGUAGCACCCUCGCCGCAUUAGUUAAGGCUAAGCAUGCUAUGAAUCGGAUCUUCCAUGACCAUUUAGAUAAGUUUGUUGUGGUUUACCUUGACGAUAUUCUGAUCUUUAGUAAGUCUGUCGAGGAGCAUGCACAACACGUUAAGACUGUACUUUCACUCCUGCGACAGUACAAGUAUAAGGUCAACUUCGAGAAGUGUGAGUUUGGUCGCACUAAGAUAUUAUACUUGGGUCAUGAAGUAUCCGCGGAAGGGAUUAGGCCGGAAGAUGCGAAAAUGGCUAGUAUUCGAGACUGGCCACGACCUCAGACUGUCACCGAGGUCAGAUCUUUCUUAGGAAUGUGCGGCUACUAUAGGAACUUCGUAAAGAACUAUUCUACAGUCGCCUCUCCUUUGACAGAUCUAACUCGACUUGACACGCCGUGGGACUGGAGUGAUGAGUGCGAGGGUGCUUUCAAGCGAUUGAAGCAUGCACUCAUGAAUCAUGAAGUUCUCAUGGUUCCCGAUCCUCAGAAGUCGUUCAUAGUGAUCACUGACGCAAGCCAAUACGGCAUUGGCGCAGUGCUGGCUCAGCAGGAUGGGAAGAAGUUGAGACCGAUUGAGUACAUGAGCAAGAAAAUGCCAUCGAAGAAAUUGGCAAAGUCCACCUACGAAAGGGAACUCUAUGCUCUCUACAAGGCACUUGUCCAUUGGAGACACUUUCUGUUGGGACGGUUCUUCUACUUGAGAACUGACCAUCAGACGCUGAAAUGGAUCAAGACUCAACCGGCUCUUUCUGAUGCACUCAAGCGCUGGAUUGAGGUCAUAGAUCAAUAUGACUUCAAGCUUGAGUAUCUGAAGGGAGAGUACAACAAGGUUGCAGAUGCGCUAUCUCGUAGAGCAGACUACCUAGGGGCGCUAGUUUCUGAGUUUGGUGUAUCCCAGGAAGUAACUCAAUCGUUGGUGGGAGCCUAUCAGGAAGACCCUAUCAUGAUGGACAUCAUGCACAAACUUCAGGCAAAAGACAAGGCCACAGAAAGUGAGUUUGUGAUGGUGGAUGGGUUACUCUUUCUUGAUAAGGUCGGGUGUAAAAGCUCAGCAAGCAAUAAUUGGGAUUUCCUCCUACCUGAAAACCGAUCCUCCGCAACUCCAGGCACACUUGAGUAUGGUGUGCAGUAUGAGAAGUUGCUGCAGCAAGCUGUCGAGCACAUCAAGAAAGCUCAGCAAGCAAUGAUUGCUUCUGAGAACAAGCAUCGACGACAGUCCUCAUCUCAGGUAGGGGAACGUGUCUGGGUCAAGGCUAGCGAGCUAGGACAGGAAUUCGGUAUCUCUAGAAAACUAAUGCCUCAAUAUUUUGGUCAUUGGGAAGUCGUGGAUGUAGUGGGGGAUGAAAUGGAUGGUCCUACAUAUGUUAUCUGUAUCCCUGGGCACUUACGCACUCACCCUGUCUUUCAUGCCUCAAAGCUUGCACCUUUCGUUGAGACCGAUCAAUUCCCUUCAAGGAGAUCGAUGCUGCCCCCAACCAUGGAUGGUCAAGUGGACAUCGACGACAUUGUGGAUCACAAAGAUCUGCCUGUUCAGAAGCCAUUGGGUAGAGGAAGACCUCCAAAACCCAAGCGGGAGUAUCGCGUCAGAUUCAGGCAUCAUAUAGAUCCAAAGGAAGAUCGAUGGUUCACCAGAGAUGAACUAAUUGACACAGCUCCUCAAGUGGUGGCAGAGUACGAGAGAAUGUUAAAAGGGAAGGCACCUGCGAAGGAGACAACGAGGAUGAGUGGAGGGAGUGGAGGACCGCAGAAGGGAUCGUCAAGACCGAUGGAUGAGAGGAAAUGUUAUAAGUGCGGGAAGGAAGGACAUUUCAUCUGGGACUGUGCAGAGUACUGGAGGGCAAAAGCUCGAGGGGAACCUUUUGUUCCUGCCUCGUACGGAGCAUCUGGUACGAGGACUGGCAGAACGACUAUGACAUCGACUACGGAUGAGUAUGUACGGCGGAGCAGAUCGGCGGACAGUGGGGUGACACGCGCCGAAGUGGAUGACACGGGAUCUCUAAUGAGAGAGUAUUUCUCUGAAAUGGCUCGAGAGAGGAGGGCCAGACGCGAGAGGGAGGAAGUGGAAGAGAGGAACAGGAGAGAAGAAGAAGUCAGGGCCGAGAAAGAGCGGAAAAGAAUGCAGAGAGAGGAGGAGAGACGGCUUAGAGAAGCAGAUCGUGACGCACGACUCCUGAGAAUAAUCCGAGGCAAGAUGUUGGAAGAUGUUGGGGGAAGACAGGAGACUCAAGGACGUCGGGGUAAAGGAGCAGCGAAAGUAUAUAUCGAGUAUACUGAACGUGAAUUAUGGUCGAGAUGGCGAGAGAACUACUGCGGUGGAGAGGGUAAAGGGAAAAAGCGGAAGAGGAAGUUGUACAACUGGAUGGGAAAAAUUGGGGUGCACAAGUAUGUGGCGAUCCCGGUUUUUACGAGUACGGACAGGAAGGAGCUGGAGGCGGUAGAGUCCACAUUGAUUAGGAUAUGGUCACCUGCUUUAAACUCAACAGGAGGAGGGGAGAAGAAGGGCGGGAAGAAGAGUAAAAAGAGGCCUGGAAGGAAGGAACAUCAUCGAGGACGGCGACAGGAAGAAUGCGACAAGGGUAAGAAGAAAUCAGCGAACCUGGGAAAAAUCAUAGAAUUUAACUCAAAGGAGCUGGGCAACGGAACUGUCAAUGUCGUAGAACUACUUAGAACGCUAGGCAAGAAGCGGGGUAAGAAAGGGGACAGGGUGAUCGUUAGCUCGGGAGGCGAUACUUGGGCGGACGGAUGGCGGUUGGUUCAAAGGCUUUUCGGUGAGACGAGGGUAAAAUGGGGGCGGGGGACUCGACCUCUGAGAAAGUGUAAGAACGUAUUCAAAGCAGGUGGUUUGAUCACUUUGCGACGAAUUACUGAGGCCUCGCCUAUGAACUUGAAGUUGAGGGACGAUAUGGUGAGCAUGUUCAAAUGCCCCUGGAAGAACAAGAACCUAAGGAAUUUGAGUCUGACCGAUCUGCUGAAGUAUUACGGGGCUAUGAAGACCUUCACGACUAAAAGGAGCAGGGGAAAGGCUAGGUUGAUGAUCUCGCAGGCGAUUAAAGAAGCGCAUGGUAUGAGUGUUCGGAAGCGAGUAGUGGUAAGGAUUAGAUUUGAUGACAGGAUAAAGAAGAGCGAAGUUACGAGGCUGAUUGUGGUAACACUUGAAGACACGGUGCAAUGUUUUGCAAAGUUGGAAGUGGAGGAUGAGCGAGGAGUGAGGUUGGACGAGGUACUGAGAGUCAAAGAGAAGCUGAAGGGGUUGGUGUUGGCGCCGCUGGACAGGAACCCCGGCUAUACGCUGGUGCAGUGCCCUGCCCUGUAUGCGAAAGGGAUGGAGGAGACCUUUUUUGAGAACGAUAGCUACAGGGUUUGUGAAGAAGACGAAGUGACAGAACUCGGAGUGGCCUUUUGUGAGUAUAAAAAGAAGGGUCUGGAGCCCCAUGGAAGAUGGAACGGGAACGGAAGGAUUGGUGAUGCUUACGCACUUCCGAAACACGGAUACGGAUCGAGGGCGGAGGGAAACAUAUUGCGAGAAAGGCUUUGGGCAUACCUCUUGGGCUGCCAACUUGCUGCAGCGGUUCUGGUGGCCAACGAUGAUGAAAGAUGUACAGUUGUACGUGGAAACUUGUCAAAAAGGUUUACAGUCGAAGAGCGUUGCAGGCGUGGUAAGGAUGCUUGGGGCGGCAAAAGACAGGGACGGGAUGUUGGGGAGGGCCGUGGUGGGGAAAAUGAACGGGUUCUUCUUCGUCCAAGAACAGAGAUGGAGGAAAGGGGAGUAAGAGGGGUAACGGAUGGAGACAAAACCAAGGGAGGUAGGAGUGGUGAAGACAGGGGUGGUAGAGUAGUCGGAAGGUGGGUAACAGACGGCGAUAAAACCAGGGGAAAUAAAGGCGGUGAAGACGGGGGGGAUGAGGUCAGGGGUGGUGAAGUGGUUGAAGCAGAGACAGGGGGGGCAGUCGUAGGUAGACCCGAAGAGGGGACUCUGCAGGUGGUAAUGCAGGCAUGGCCACAGAUGCCAUGGAGGAACGCACCGAGACCAAGGGCAACACAAGAGAUGCGGUGGUCACGGAUGCCAUGGAGGAACACACCGAGACCAAAGGGCGACACAACGGUUGCGAUGGCCACGGAUGCCAUGGAGGAACACACCGAGACCAAGGGCAACACAGCAGGUGCGGGUCGAGUUGCUCCCGCGGAAUCAAUCGUAGAAGCAACCAAGGCCGAUGAGGAAGAGGCUGCGAACCGAAAAGGGGCAGCCAGGGUCACAAACGGCAUGGUAGGGGUUACUAAGACUGAUGAGGACGCAGGUGCGGCCGACGCAGGUAAUGAAGAAGAGGUUAUGAUAGGUGUGACAGGCGCCGAUAAUGAAGGAGGGGUUGUGACAGGCGUAGUCCGAGGACAGUGUGUAGAUACCCGAGAAAGCGGGUGAUGAAUAGACCAUCGAAGCAUGUUGCGGAACCAGCAGGAGAGGCGGGUCACAUGCGCAGGGKACCUGUGUUGAUGUUUWCGAAUAUAGGAAGUCCAUCCUUUCGCAAGCGUUGUUGGAGAGUGCCCGCGAAAAAGCAUGCGGCGUGUGAGCAUCGCUGCUGCAGUUUUGAAAUCAUACCAGUUGUUGCAGACAUACUCAAACCUAGUAAGCUGGCCUGUAAACACUCCCGCCRGCUGGUGUGCAGGGACGUUAGAUGUAGCACUAGGAUAACGAAUAACAGGGAAAUUCCAUUCAGCUGCUUUGUCAAAGACACUCAUACGCAGGGAGUCGUCAGGGCGGACUAGGAGGCGUGCACUCAAGAAUGUGCAAGAGCCAUCAGGCGCUGUGGUCUUCUUCCAUUCGAGGCCAUAGUGCUCUGACGGUGGUGGCAGAUGUCCCCAUGAGAGAACAUCAUCGAUCAAGCGGUAUGUGAACGCAUACCGUUGAGCUAUGCGAAGAUCACGCCGCUGGAGGUCAUCAACAAAUCGAGCCUCAUCCC